GCCUAAUGGACCUUGAACUAUGUCUAAAUUUCAUACUUAUAGGAAAAGCUGAAUGUAAGAUUCUAACACUCACCCUUUUAAAUUUUUUCCCAGUUUCAGCCUCUUCAUUAUCUUGUGUGUCCCAUAUUCCUCUUUCCACUCUCUUCCUCUGUCCCCCUGUACAAUCUCAACACUUCAGGCUAUCAAAUGAGGGGCAUGGAUAGUCUUCAUCAUUUUGGGUAUAACGCCUCUUCCAUGUAAGUGCCGUUUACGUAUCCGCAUACCUUUUGGAGCUUUCCUUUCUUCACCUCCAAACCCCCACCUCCCCAAACUGAACCAUUCUAAGAUUUCUUAGCCAUUCCUGGUAGUUUCAUACAUCACCUGGUAUCUCACGUCUCUCACUGCUCUAGUAAGAAGGUGUGCAGGUUGGGCAUCAUGGCAAGAUGGUGUCAAGGGGCUUACAUAUGUUUUUGCAUUAUAAUAAAAUGUGCAAUUUAGUGUACAGUUAGGGGUCAAAUUCUGAUAGAAUCCUCUUUCUGCUUGGAGAAUUCAGUGGUCAUGUUUCAGAAUGGUUUGUUACCAAAAUCUGCUGCUGCAAGGAAGGCUUCUGGUUCCAUUGUUCUGAGUGGAGGUUACGCGUUUCUUUUUAUCUGAAUCAGAAGAAACCAAGAAAGUGACUAAUGGAAAUAAAGAAAAGGAGUUUGAAAGGCAGGGACUGUUAACAGCAACAGAAAUACUGGAAAAGGAAAACAUUAAGCUAAGAAACAGCACAAAGUGCAGGUAUGAAACAGCAAAGCCUGAACAUGAAAACAUGAAAAUGUAAGCAAUUGUGUAUGGACAAUUCAGGCGAAAUGACUCUGAAAACAAAUCUGGUUACUGGAGCUUUGGGUUGCUGGGCAGGGGGAGAUACUGGAAAAUAAAAACUAUCACCUGCUGUCUUCCUCAUUGUAUUCUUAGCAUCCAGCAUAGUGCAUAUUUGUGUACGAAAUAUAACACUGGCCAAACUACCCAAUGUUUUCAGAUAAACUAUACGUUUCUGUGCCACAGUCACUUCCAUGCCCCACAGGCCCCAUCUACGGCAGGAUUCGUGGGAAAAAUGACCUGAUUUAAAGGAAUGCAGGGGGCAUGGACCAGCACAGUUUAUCUGGCUACAUGGAGGGUGGAAAACGAGAAGAGAAAACCAGCUCAGUUGAGCAGCUAUGAGACCACCUUUGAAGUACGUCUUUUAUAUUAUUGCCUGCCAGCUCCUUCCCAACUUCUGUCUCCACCUCGUCCACCCGAGGCAACGGAGGAGUCAGCCAGGGGGAGUUCUGUUGUAACAGGGAAGUCUCUUGAGGGCAGUAGUCUCCUCUCUCUUGGCGUUUCUCGCCGGCACCUGCCGCGCUGCCCCUCGAGCCUCUGCAAAGAUGCAGAGGUCGAAGCACGUUGUUGUGCGGUGCUGAAACGCUCCCAGAUUCCGCCUCGCGCUCCUGGUCCCUAACACCAGCUGGGAUCCUGGGAUCACCUCUAGGAUCCCUGUGGGUGUUCCCGUCCCUUCCUUAGAUUUUCCUCUUCCCCAGCUCCAGGCCCGCUCCUCCCGCCGACGCCUGGCACCCGAGGGGCGUCCUGGGCUCUACGCGGUCCACCCAGCCCCCGGCCACCCGGCAGCGCGGGCCGGGCGGGGAGGGGCGGGGGAGGGGCGGAAGGCGGGAAGCCGAGUCCGGGGCGCGGGAGCUCACGCGGCACGUUGCCCCGCGCGGGAUUUGUCGCUUUCAGCUGCAGCCGCUGCAGCGGCGGCGGUAAGAAGGGUGGAGGGUGGUGAGAAGUGCUGGCACCCCGGCCGGGAAGGGGGGCCGCCAGGCUGUGCCAGCAGAGCCAGAGGGGUGCUCGGCGCUGCCCCGCCCUCCUUCCGGGAGCGAGGAUGCAGACUCCGAAACUGGCGCUGCUGGGCUGAGGCGGAGGCAGGGGAGUUGCAGCGCGCCGCUCGGUGAGUGUGUCUCCUGAGCGCAGAGAGGCGGGGGAGGCGGAGGACGAGGACGAGGAGGGGGAGGGGGAGGAGGAGGAGGAGGCGAAGGGGGAGAAUGCCCGGAGCCGCCGCUGCCGCCGCCGCCGCCGCCGCGAUGCUCCCGGCUCAGGAGGCUGCGAAGCUGUAUCACACCAACUAUGUGCGGAACUCUCGGGCCAUCGGCGUGCUGUGGGCCAUCUUCACCAUCUGCUUUGCCAUCGUCAACGUGGUGUGCUUCAUCCAGCCCUACUGGAUCGGCGACGGCGUGGACACCCCGCAAGCCGGCUAUUUCGGGCUCUUCCACUACUGCAUCGGCAACGGUUUCUCCCGGGAGCUGACCUGCAGGGGCAGCUUCACGGACUUCUCCACGCUGCCCUCGGGCGCCUUCAAAGCCGCCUCCUUCUUCAUCGGCCUCUCCAUGAUGCUCAUCAUCGCCUGCAUCGUUUGCUUUACCCUCUUCUUCUUCUGCAACACGGCGACCGUGUACAAGAUCUGUGCCUGGAUGCAGCUCACCUCCGCUGCCUGCCUUGUGCUUGGUUGUAUGAUUUUCCCUGAUGGCUGGGAUUCAGAAGAAGUAAAACGGAUGUGUGGAGAAAAGACAGACAAGUACACUCUUGGGGCUUGUUCAGUCCGCUGGGCAUACAUCCUGGCCAUUAUUGGGAUUUUGGAUGCCCUGAUCCUCUCAUUUCUGGCAUUUGUGCUUGGCAACCGACAAGACAGCUUGAUGGCAGAGGAACUGAAGGCAGAAAACAAAGAUGAUGGAAAUGCUUAAAGCAAACUAAGGUAGUGUGAGACCACACCAUUUCUGCUAAGCCAAUAUUCUCUAGAAUGAGCACAAGCUAAACAAAUCGAAUAACAGCUUUUGUACAUCACCAUCAAGAAGGAAGAUGCUUGGGAGAGAUCAGAGUACAGAAAUGGACAUGAACAAGAGUGAAGCAUCCAGUUGUCAAAGCCCCUUCUAAAUCUAGAUCAGCAGAUAUGGGAGUGAUUUUCUAGAAGGAGAUGUGAUUAUGGAUUAAACACCAGCUCACUGGAAACUAUCAUUGAAUAAGAUCAGAUAACAUUCAUGAGAAAUUACAUUCAUGAGAAAUCACAUUCAGGAAAUAUUUCAAGGAAGAGAAACAUAAAUGUGCUAGAAUUAACAUGUAAAAUAUAUAUAUAUAUAUGUACUGAGGUUUGUAAGCUGUCCUUUUUUAAUCAAACUGAAAACAAAAAGCUUUAACCUUUCAACAUUAUCUUAAAAAAGGCAGUCAAUCCUAAAUCAUUCCUAUCUCAGUAGCCAAGAGGCUGAGCAAGCAUCAUUUAUUGAGGAAACAUCUUAGAAAAUGCCUCUGAAUAUCUUCUUAGGAGCCAUGACCUAGGUUCCCCCAUCUCUGCUGUUCAUUUAUUUCACUGUGUAAUUAGUUACAACCACUCAGUUAAGAGAUGUAACACUUCACACUUUUUACCGAAUCUGUGUUCCAUUUAAUGUCUGUACAAGUUAUUACUGAGAAAGUGUUUCUGACAUAAACUAUUACUCCAUCAAGCUGUAUAUUACAGGAAGAACAUCUUUACAUCAUAGGUUCCCAAGCAACAUAGAUUUCCCUAUCUUUCAGGAAAUAGCAUCAAGGAACUCUGAAAAACAUAGAAAGCUCAUUUUCACUUUCGAUGCUCACAUGUAAUAUAUAGGCUGCUAUCAAAUAAAUACUUUUUCUAAUUCUCCCUAGUAUAUGCAUAAGAAUUUAAUACACUUUAUAAAUAAGCAUUGAAAAUCUCUCCUGUUUUUGUUUCUAUUUCUUUGCCAAACAUGUCAUCAGAAAUCCACAUAUAUUCUUUCUUUACCUUACUGACAGGCACUCAUUUUAUUAAAAAAAAAAAAAUCAUCCCAUUAAACCUAUUUCUAAAUGAUAGUAAGUGGUACUAACUAAAUAAACAAUAAUUUAAUAGCCUUAGAAAUAAGUGAAUAUAUACUUAUACAGGUCAAGAUAAACUUGGUAGGAGUAAGUUGCCUUUCUGUUUACUAACGUUGGUUUCAAAAUACCCAAAAUUUUUUUAUUUGGUUGGCAUUUGAAAGUAGUUACAACUGAUCAGUUGUUUUCAACAAUCUUUAGCUUCCAGGCUCUCCUCACCCACCUCACCACAUAACCUGCCAGUGCAACAACAGGAAAAAUUUAAUAUUGAAGUAGCCAAUUGCUUGAGAAUGAACACAAGCUAAACUGUACAUGCAGGAGUAAUCAGUGUAAGCCACACCAUGUUCUAUACUUGACCAGAAAAUAUACCUUCAUUUUUAGACUAAAAAUUAAGAUUAAAUUAGCAUAUAUCACUGGAGCACCCAUGGAGUAUAAUAUAAGAAGUGAUAUAGACCGGGGUUGAUUUCUCUUACCCUCUGUCUAUUAGGACCGCACUUCUAUUUUUGCCAAAUGUUUUGCUACUAGCCAUCUUUUCACCAUAAAUGUGAUUAUGUUUCAAAUGGCUAAAAGUAUAUUACAGGUAUGCUCAAAUGAGUAAAAUCCAAUUCACAAAGAUAAGGAUUUUCUAAAGAACCAAAUUAAGGGAAUAUUUAUUAUCUCUAAAAUAUUAGCCCCUCUGGGAGUUAUUUGUUGCUUUAAAUAUUAGCUCUCCCACUGCAUUCAAAACACCCUACUUACCAAAUUUAAUUAUACACAACUUUUGAAGAAUUCAUCUUUUAUUUAAAGGGAGGUACCUCUCUACUUUAUCUGCAAUAAAAAUAGAAGGUAUUGGCUUUCUCUUAUCCAUGUAAAUUACAGAUUCCACUGGGAGUUUUACAUCACAAAUAGUGGUGUUUACAAAAAUGAAAAAGUGUUUCCAAGCCACAUACAAAUGUUUUUAAACAGUUUUUUCCAUAAAACCUAAGUGUAAUUUAAUUUAGCACACCACAGUGCUCUGAAGAUGGGUCAUUGAUGAUGUACCAUCUGUACAUAGCUAAUACACAUGUAUAUCACUAAAUGUUAACUAACUAUAAGAAGUAUGUUUUUAUCUUUUUUUAAAAAAUAAAGUGACUCCCUUUCUCAUUCUGUUCUGUUGUAUUGCGUCUAAAAGUUGUGUGUAAUUUUUUUAAGGU